AUGGCCCCACAAGGGACCAUCCUCCCAGGGACGACUAUCCAAUUGGGCAGAUACACCGUCGUUAUCGACCGAUACAUCGCCGAGGGCGGGUUUGCGCACGUCUACCUUGCCACUCUUGCCAACGGAAGCGGCUUCCCUGUCGUUGUCAAACGCAUUGCCGUUGCAGAUAAAGAAAGGCUAGCCAUUGUUAACAAGGAGAUCGAGACCAUGAAACGACUCGGGAAACACAAGAACAUUGUAGAGUACAUGGAUUCUUGCAUGGGAAAGCUCGAGGGCGGCGGAUACGAGGUCCUCAUUCUCAUGGAGUACUGUGGAGGCGGUCCAGUGAUCGAUCUGAUGAACAGGAGGCUACAACAUCGCUUGACCGAGCCCGAGAUUCUCAAAAUCUUUUCCAAUGUUUGCGAAGCUGUGGCGUACCUACACUAUUCUGAUCCGCCGAUUCUUCAUCGUGACAUCAAAGUCGAAAAUAUUUUGCUCUCCAACAACGACUACAAGCUGUGUGAUUUUGGAUCGGCCACGACCAACAUCCUCAGAGGUGACAACAUACCCAGGAAUGUCAAGGAUAUCCAGUUGCUUGAGGAAGAGAUCAACAACCAUACCACGCUGCAGUACCGUGCACCAGAAAUGCUGGAUCUGUACAUGCGAAAAGGCAUUGACGAAAAGAUCGAUAUAUGGGCAUUGGGAGUGCUCUUGUACAAGCUAUGCUACUACACCACACCCUUCGAGGAACAAGGACAGCUGGCAAUUCUGAAUGUGCGGUACACCAUUCCUGAGCACCCGAUGUUUUCUCCCGGUCUUAUCAGCCUCUUUCAGUCGAUGCUGAAGGAAGACCCCAAACAGCGACCAAAUAUCUAUCAGGUUAUGAAGGUUACCUCGGCUCUGCGUGGACUAUCUUGCCCCAUCCAGAAUGUAAGGCUGGAUGAUAGUAAUUAA